AUGCACGUUUUGCAUGGCGUCAUCGUCGCCCUCGGUUCCCGACCCCUGGAGUCUCCUGGGUCUCUCUAUGUCACCACCAGAUAUCAGAGAGUGAUUUGGUUGAGUGACGCAGACAGAGGGAAAGGAUACGCGGUGGAUUUUCUGUCGUUGUCCCUCCACGUUGCAUUGAGGGACCAGGAGGCCUACCCAUUUCCUUGCAUCUAUACUCAGAUUGAGACGGGUGAUGAGGAUGAUGAAGAGGAGUCCGAAGACUCAUAUUCAGAAAUAAAUGGUGAUUUGGUGUUGUCAAAAAUCACUGAAAUGAGACUUGUUCCUUCAGAUGCUGGAAAAUUUAUCCUUGCUAUCAUGCAUGCUUUGAACUGGAAGGCAAUACUGUGA